GACUCGACGAAUCAGGUGGGCCCCAGACAAUUACAGUCGGGACCCAUCGCCUACACGACCAUGAAGCUGAUGAAGGUGGUGGGCUUUUCCGCUGGAAGCACCAUGAUGGGCAAUCUCGGCCAAGGCAACUACGUUGCAGCGAAUGCCUUCGUGGACCUUUUUCCCUACCGUCUUCGGCCUGAGCCGCCUGGAAUGCAGCAUGGGCUCGAGGGAAGCGGGAA